CACACUCACAUGAGACGCAGACCUUCACAAUAAAACAGGAAACGAGAACUCUACACCAAAACGCAGACCUGACACUGAGAGACAGACAGACAGAAUGACACAUGGAACCUGAACUAAACUAAACGUGAGAUACAACCGAGAACAAAAUCCUUAAACAUGACAUAAAACAAAACACUGACAACAUUAAAUCAUAACAUAACUCAUCUGUGAAUUAUAAUAAAAGGUGUUGAUUGCAGCUGACAGUGUCUGCAGACUUUGAUAACUGUGUGACACCCUCGUGGUUAAUCAGAGGGAAAUCUGAGUCAGUGUGGAUUGGGUUGUACAGCUCUCACACAUACAACCUGAACUGCACAUUGUACGUGUGAUGUUCUUCAAAUUUGAACAAAGUAAAAACUAAAAAACUUUGAAGUCACACAAGCCAAUAUUUUAUUCACAAGUUGAACUUUUACUACUUUUAUCCGCAAAAUGAGCUCACUUCAAAUAUUUACCACAGUAUAGCGUCCCCAGGCACCUGAGACGUUUGGCAGAUGGUGAAACUGUUUAUCUUUGUGAGGAGAAAGAAGUGAAAGCAGGUCGAAACCUCAGCACAUGGAUGAUAUCAACCAAAAACAUCCAGCACCAGCAAGUAAAGAUGAGCCAGCGGCGAUCCCUGUGGAAAAGACUUUUCCUGCUAUGAAGCAGCCCAGAAGACGCAAGCGCGCCAACAGGGAGGACAGAAGCUUGAGCUGUGAUCAGUGUGGGAAGACCUUUACUCAGAUUGGUAGCUUACAAUCACAUCAGCUGAUCCACACCGGUGUGAAACCAUUCAGCUGUGAUCAGUGUGGAAAGACCUUUACUCAGAUUGGUCACUUGAAAUCACAUCAGCUGAUCCACACUGGUGUGAAACCAUUCAGCUGUGAUCAGUGUGGAAAGUCUUUUACUCAGAUUGGUAGCUUGAAAUCACAUCAGCUGAUCCACACCGGUGUGAAACCAUUCAGCUGUGAUCAGUGUGGAAAGUCUUUUACUCAGAUUGGUAGCUUGAAAUCACAUCAGCUGAUCCACACUGGUGUGAAACCAUUCAGCUGCGAUCAGUGUGGAAAGACCUUUACUCAGAUUGGUAACUUGAAAUCACAUCAGCGGAUCCACACCGGUGUGAAACCAUUCAGCUGCGAUCAGUGUGGAAAGACCUUUACUCAGAUUUGUAACAUGAAAUCACAUCAGCUGAUCCACACCGGUGUGAAACCAUUCAGCUGUCAUCAGUGUGGAAAGACCUUUACUCAUAGAUCCAGCUUAAAAGAACAUCAGGUUGUCCACAGCGAAGUUAAACCAUUCAGCUGUCAUCAGUGUGGAAAGACCUUUACUCAUAGAUCCAGCUUAAAACAACAUCAGGUCGUCCACACUGAAUUUAAAGCUUUCAACUGUGAUCAGUGUGGAAAGUCUUUUACUCAGAUAGGUAGCUUAAAAUCACAUCAGCUGAUCCACACCGGUGUGAAACCAUUCAGCUGUGAUCAGUGUGGAAAGACCUUUACUCAUAUGUGUAACUUGAAAUCACAUCAGCUGAUCCACACCGGUGUGAAACCAUUCAGCUGUGAUCAGUGUGGAAAGUCUUUUACUCAUGUUGGUAGCUUGAAAUCACAUCAGCUGAUCCACAGCGGUGUGAAACCAUUCAGCUGUGAUCAGUGUGGAAAGUCUUUUACUCAGAAUGGUAACUUGAAAUCACAUCAGCUGAUCCACACCGGUGUGAAACCAUUCAGCUGUGAUCAGUGUGGAAAGUCUUUUACUCAGAUUGGUACCUUGAAAUCACAUCAGCUGAUCCACACCGGUGUGAAACCAUUCGAAACCUCAGCACAUGGAUGAUAUCAACCAAAAACAUCCAGCACCAGCAAGUAAAGAUGAGCCAGCGGCGAUCCCUGUGGAAAAGACUUCCUGCUAUGAAGCAGCCCAGAAAACGCAAGCGCGCCAACAGGGAGGACAGAAGCUUGAGCUGUGAUCAGUGUGGGAAGACCUUUACUCAGAUUGGUAGCUUGAAAUCACAUCAGCUGAUCCACACCGGUGUGAAACCAUUCAGUUGUGAUCAGUGUGGAAAGACCUUUACUCAUAGAUGCAGCUUAAAAGCACAUCAGGUCGUCCACACUGAAUUUAAAGCUUUCAACUGUGAUCAGUGUGGAAAGUCUUUUACUGGAAUUGAUAGGUUAAAAAUCCAUCAGCUCAUCCACAGUGGAGAUAAACCUUUCAGCUGUGAGCCAUUGCGGAAAAUUCUUCACUGACAUGUGUCACUUAAAAUCACAUCAGCUCAUCACUCUGGUACUAAACAAUUUGUAUGUGGUCACUGUGGAAAGACUUAAACUCAAAAGAAGGGCUUAAAAUCACAUCAGCUCAUCCACUAUGGAGUUAAAUCAUUUGUAUGUGGUCAGUGUGGAAAGUCUUUCAUCCAUAACAAACGUCUAUUGAGGCAUCAAAAGACCCACAAAUGUCCUCCUGUGAGAAAAGGGGCAGACCAAUGGGAGAUUACCCUGACAGGGUUCAUUUGAACACAGUGGGAGAAACAGGGGAUCUGAACAAAAAUUCUUCUGGAUGCUGCAUCAAACUUGAAAAGCUUGAGAUCAGGCUUCACAGAAUCGCAGCCUGUGUUCCAUUUUGUUUCAUGCAUUUAAUUGACUGGUGCAUCUUUGUUGUCUUAUAUUUUGGCCAAAGUUUAGCAAGUUAAACUUCACUGGCUGUGUCCACAAACAGCAUACAGACUUAACAUUACUCCCAUCUUCUGAUAACAAGAAAAAGCAAAAUGUCAGAACAGUUCACCUUCUGGGUCAAACUAUCAGACCCGUUACUGUUUAUUUGGCGGUUCAUUGUGAGGUAAUUAUCAGUGUCAGUGCUGUGCCACUUCUGUUGCAGCUUACCAUUGUGCAGUGUGUUUUCAAUGGUCCCUGUUGUCUUACAGGAUGUGAGUCUGUUUUGCUUCAUGAAGAGACAAACCUCAUUUUUUUUAUGUUGCACUGAAAAUAUUAUUACUGUAAGUCGUAAAUGUGUGUCAUUUAACCAGGCAAUAUGUAAAAACAUUUACUUUAUCCUAUGAAUAAUAAAAUGUAUUGAGAUGUAA